UUGAAUGGGGGAUAACAGCUUCAAAACGACCGUAAAAGGGGUAUUUUAAGUUAUUGAAACGAAGGAAUGAUAUUUAUUAUUUUUAUUAGACAAUAAUAUACUUUUCAAUCAAACUACACUGACACCGCUUCUGCGAAACAACGGUAAUAUAUAUUGUCUUUGGAGACAAUGCCCUACGAAUCUUUGCGUAGUGAAUCUAUCCGGACACACCAAUGACAUGAGAGGAGCCAAACUCGAGUAUGAUUUAACGCGGUUCUUGUUUUUCAGCGGUUGUCACACUUUAAAUUUACUCGCCAAGAGACAGCAGGAUACGGAAAGGUGACUGUUUCAAUGUCAGAGUUAACGCAGUUGGGGAUGGAGAGGUGCAUUCCCGUGUUCCAAAUUUCUGGGAUCAAAAAUCGUGACAAGAAGAGAGCAUUGCUCCGGGGAAUUCAUCAAUUGGGUGGGAAAUAUGUUGGGACUUCUGUUUACCAAAAUGCUGGUACCCAUUUAAUAAUCCCUCAAGUUUUGGCCAGUGAGAAAUUUCUGGCUUUUUGUGCCGCAGGAAAGUGGGUUGUCACUCCAAACUAUGUUUUGGACAGUGUUAGGAAUCGUUCCUGGCUCCCAGAGGGGCCCUAUGAGGUGGCCGUUCCCACAGAUCCCAUGUCUGCCUUCUAUCCCGUUAGACAAUGGAGGGAGAAGGUGACGAGUGGUGCAAUAACAGGGGCCUUCCAAGGCUGGAUGGUUCUUCUCAUGAUCCAAGAUUCAUCCCGUUCAGUCAUGUUCAAACGGUUGUUGGAAGCUGGUAGCGCCACAGUAUACAGCUAUCCUCCUCCCUUUCACGCCUCCAUCACUCACGUCAUAGCCAAGCCCUUCACACCGGAAGCAAUUACCUACAAUUCUCCUUGUUUCCCUGUAAGCCACAUCGUCCAGUACCUUUUUGAGAGCAAUUUUCUUCACAUGAAGUUCAACAUUACGGAUGUUAAUGAUGACUUAACGGAGCCCAGUGUUGUUGAUGUUGACUUUUCUCAACUGGAGGCAGACCUCAGGGAGCACGCCAUCAAACAGGAGAGCCACCCAAGACUGCUCUUCCUUGAAUUUCUUGAUAACCACGCCCCCCAUCAGCCUCUGUCACAGGCAACUGAAACUGACUUCAGCAACAUUAGCACCAUGAUAGAGUGCGGCCUCUUCAUUGAAGCGUUGGACACAAUUCGAAGUACAUUGUUCCCGGGGAUUCUGCCACCAGCACAAUACCUGGUUUCUCUGAUUGAUUACGCACAGCAGGGUAGCGCCACAACUAUCUUCUUAAAUAGCUUCCGACAAAUCAUGCACAGGUUGCUCAUUACCAACCCUCCUUGGAUGUCUCCCACCUUCAAGGAGUAUUACGGUUGCGUGUUGCAGUGCCCUCGCUGCAAGAUGGGCAUGUGGCCUUUUCUAGAGACAGCCAUAAGUUACUGCCUGUCAAGUGAGGCCACUUGUCACCAGCUCCCUGGGCCGGCACUGCCAACGCUCUUACACUUCCACAGUGAUGUGGUGGCAUUUUUUCUCAAGCUCUUCCAAGGGGAACUGCACUCCAUCAACAUGGGAGAUUUCAGGCAGCUUCCAGAACCAGGAGACUAUCAGGGAUCCAUAUCAGGUUCGUUGCUCUAUGGAACCUUCUGGACUGUGUGGGAACGUUCAACUCUUUUGUCUCACGCCGUAAAAAAGCUUGUCCAGCUCACGACGCAGGCCGCCUCUGAGGACCACACUGACGGCGACAAGAAGUACACAACGCAUCUACUCACCAUCCUACUGGACCUUCUUUCGGUGUUGGUGGAGUUUUGGUGUACACAGCACUUCAAACUAAACCAGAAGCUUGUAGAAAAUGGACUGAAAGACCUAGCAGAGCACUUUGCCAUCACAAGCCAAUAUCUGUCUCCAGAAGUCUUAACUGAGAUGGUUGCCAGAAUUUCAUCAACCAGGCUUAAACUGGUAUUGGUGGAUGCAAUAUUCAGGAAUAUCUGCUGCAAAAAUGGAAUAAGAAUGGAUGGUGGACCUCUCUCUCUCAAGAAAAUGGCGCUGUCCUAUCUGCCUGCGCUGGGGCUCUUAGCUCAGUGUCACAGCUGGACACAGAGCACUACCAACAACUGCGUGAGCCUGAACACCAACAGCGGAACUCUGAGCCCAGUGGAGAAUGAAUCUGAGAAUGAAUGCAUCCCGAGAGGCCUCCACAAAGUUAAUGCAGCAGGCGAGACCCUCCUCCACAGAGCAUGCAAGAGGAAUCAAGUGGAAACGGUACUUCACAUUCUGUCACGCCCUGGCAUCGACGUCAAUGUUCAAGACCACGUCGGCUGGACACCUCUGCAUGAAGCAUGUAACAAUGGCAGCACUGCAUGCGUGGAGGCUUUGUUACGUCACCGGCCUCCCCCUGUCAUUAAUUGUGUGGUGGAGGGGAUCAGCCCUCUGCACGACGCCCUGCUCAACGGACACAUGGACAUCGCCAAAAUGCUUCUGGAGGCCGCAGGUUCUGAACUCCUCCAUCAAACAGACGAAAAGGGCCGUACGGCGCUGGAGCUCGUCACCGACAUACAUUGGCGGGCGGCACUUAUCCGAAGCGCACAAGCGGGCGACUCCAGCCUGAAUUCCACAACGGUGUUGAACCACGCCCUCCUGGAAGCGGGGUCAUGUCUGCUGGCGCAUCUCAUCGUAUGCUACAAGCGAGAGAAGAGGCCGCCAUGCUGCGAGCAUUCCACCGACGUAGGGCGCACGCUGGCACGCGCCCUGGAGGCGCACUCCUUUCCAAGAGUGACAUUGGGCUGGACGGACCAGCGAGCCAUAAGCAUUGCGGGCGACACCGAGAUUCUGCUGGAGAUGGCCAGAGGGACGCACUGGGCACACGUCUGCAAAGCGGUGAAGGAGUCCAAAGGAGAGAAUGCGGUGCUCCUCUUGCAGAUGCUGGAAAAUCUGCAAUCUGAAGGAAAGAUACUCCUGGCUGAGAUAAACCCGCUGAGUUCUUACAGCCGCUGUGAGACCUAACAGCCUAACAACUUGGGCCUCAGACCAGGACAUUGAUGUCACAAUCAAAAGAUGGCUACAUCUGGCUCCUGAUCGGCAUGUUGACAGGAAGGAGAGCAUGAGAAGAAAAGAGGACAUGGAGAGCGCAACAAUUUGAUGGACAGAAAAAUACCGUUCAAGAGUCAGCUGCAUCCCAAUUUGGACUUUGUGUUCACGGUUAAAUAAAGAAAAGUGCAUUUUUCCAGUGUAUGUGGAGUUAUAUGUGAGGUUCACAGUCGUUUUUGAGACUUUUUUUUAAUGUGGG